AUGAACAUCGGUUUUGGGACUCCUCAGGUUGUGAGACCCCUUUACCCAAUAUCUGGAACAACAAGUCCUGCAUCAGAUGAUGGAAGUUCUCCACGGAUUACUCUGCAGAGACCUUUUUUCUAUUUUGGACAGACAUAUAAUUACAUUUAUGUCAACCAGAAUGGACAUCUGACUUUUACUGCUCCAUGGAGUAGUUACACGCCUCAGAGGUUUCCAAUGCAUGGUUCCAAGGACAUCAUCGCUCCAUUCUGGACAGAUUUGGACAACAGGGAAAAUGGUCAGAUCUACUACAACCAGUACACCAGUGGCAGUGUCCUCCAACAAGCUACACAGGACAUUAAUACCUACUUCCCAAGCAUUAACUUCAAUGCCAACUGGGUCUUUGUUGCAACGUGGUAUGGGGUGGCCUACUUUCCAAAAUCCGGAACAAGCACCACUGUCCAAGCCGUGUUGAUCUCUGGAGGCCAGUACUCGUUUGUCAUGAUGAACUAUGGGAUAAUAGCCUCAACCUCGAGAUCUGUGCAGGCUGGCUAUGAUACAAUUAGCUCUCCUCACCAUUCCACCAUUCCCGGGUCAUUCACUAGCUCCGCAACAGGCAGUAGCUCAUCUUUCCGCCUGGGAAGCAAUGUGAAUGUACCCGGUCGCUGGGCCUUCCGGACGGACCAUGGAUCCAGAGGCUGCACGUUUAACGGUGAACCUGUGCAGCUUGGAGAUUCAUUCUGGAGUGACAGAACCUGCGCACAGAAGUGCACCUGCACCUCAGCAGGGCUGCAGUGUUUCAGUACACCCUGCUCCUUUUCCCAAAUCUGCCGCCCAAGUGCCUUUCAGUUCUCCUGCCAGACGGUGCAGAAAGGCACCUGCACCGUGAGCGGUGAUCCACAUUAUUAUACCUUCGAUGGCAAAGUGUUUCACUUUCAAGGUGCCUGCACUUAUGUUCUGUCAGAACAAUGUGGUCAUGAGCUGCCGUACUAUCGAAUAGAGGCCAAGAACGAGCAUCGGGACAGUACACGAGUCUCUUGGACUGGACUGGUUAAAGUGUUUGUGUACAAUGACACUAUUGAACUUCUCAAGGGACAUCCUGGUAAAGCCAAGAUAAAUGGAAACUUUGUGGCAACUCCGCUUUACCUCAAUAACGGAACUGUCCAGGUUUACCAGUCAGGUUUUUCUGCGAUCAUCAGUACAGACUUUGGCUUGGAGGUUUCUUAUGACACAAGUUUGUUUGUCAGAAUCCGGUUGCCCUACACUUACCAGAAUGCAACUUGUGGCCUAUGUGGAAACUUCAACAAUGACACCAGGGAUGACUUUAAAACUCGCCAAGGUGAAAUUGUGAGCUCUGAUGUGGUAUUUGCCAACAGUUGGCAGGCAUUGGACGACGAUGAGCCUGGAUGCGAGGCACAAUGUGAAGGCCUGGACUGUGCUGCCUGCACUGAACAGCAGACAGCUUUAUACAGCAAUGCAGACCAUUGUGGAAUCCUCCAGAGCAGUUCUGGACCUUUUGCCGCCUGCCAUCAACAAUUUCCCCCACAGACCUAUGUGGAGAGUUGUGUGUUUGAUCUCUGUGUAGGAGAAGGGUACCAGCCAAUUCUGUGUCAAGCCCUAAAUGUUUACGCAACUCAGUGUCAGCAGAGUGGUAUCCAGCUGCCAAGCUGGAGGAGAGAAGGAUUCUGUGAAAUCCCCUGCCCAUCCAACAGCCACUUUGAGUCCCAGGGCACAGGGUGUCCAGCUACCUGUGUCAAUCCCAAUUCUACCCAUAACUGCCCUCUCCCUGCCCAGGAGAGCUGCAUCUGCAAUUCAGGCUACAUCCUCAGUGCUGGGGUCUGUGUCCCACAUGCUCAGUGUGGCUGCAGCUUUGAGGGUCGUUACUACAGCUCUGGACAAACUGUGAUACUUGACAAUAACUGUGGAAGACGUUGCAGCUGCAGUUUUGGCCGGAUGACCUGUCGUUCACAUAGUUGUAGUCCCCUUGAGUCCUGCAGGGUGGAGGAGGGAGAAAGAGGGUGUAGACCUAACAGCUAUGCAACAUGCUUGACAAGGGGACCAGGGUCAUAUCAAACAUUUGAUGGACUAAUGUACCAGUAUCCUGGGGCGUGUCGACUGACCCUUGCAAAAGUGAUGGGAUCGUCUGCUCACACCCACUUUGUGGUGACAGCGGAAAAAGUACCCAGAGGCCAACACGGUUUUGCAAGGUUGCUAAAGUUUGAGGCAGAGGGAACACAAGUCUCCAUUGAGAUGGCAAACAGCAGCACAGUUCAGGUGAACGGUCAGCAGAUCAGACUUCCUUUCAGCUCAGCAUCCAACCGAAUCCAAAUCUACCACAGCAGCAUUCACAGUAUCAUCAUUCGCACAUCCUUUGGUGUGACCGUGCAGACAGUCUGGCCUCACUUUGUGCGCAUCACUGCACCUGGUGUCUACAAUGGUUCCCUGGGUGGACUCUGUGGUAACUACAAUGGUCACUCACAUGACGACUUCCGCACACCCAAUGGCAUUCUGGUCAACAGCUCUCAGAUCUUUGGAGACAGCUGGCGAGACGGCUCCCUCGCCGCACACUGUGUAGAAAGUGUUAAUAAUAAUUCUACACCAAACUACAACUCCAGUGAGUACUGUGGAAUCAUUGGCUCAAGAGAGGGUCCGUUUACACAGUGUUGGGCCAUGGUGGACCCAAGACCACAUGUGGAAGUGUGCAUGGAAAUCCUGGGAGGCUCUCGUGAUCCAGCAUCCACACUUUGUGAGGUCCUACGGGAUUAUGCACUGAUUUGUCAGCAGAAGGGCGUCGCCUUGCCACACUGGAGGAAUGCGUCUAGCUGUGGACAAACCUGUCCUUUUAACAGUCAUUAUAAACCUUGUGGAACCACUUGUCCUUCCACUUGCCCCAGCCUCUCUUUCCCAUUCACCUGUAACACUGUGUGCCAGGAGGGUUGCCAGUGUGAUGAUGGUUUUGUCCUCAAUGGUAACCAGUGUGUGCCACCAACAUCCUGCGGAUGCCAUCACAAUGGACGCUAUCGGCAAGGUGGAGAACAGUUCUGGGACAGUGAAGAAUGUCAGAGCUUCUGUUCCUGUAAUGGCACAACUGGGUUAGUGCACUGUCGUCCCAGCUCCUGUGGUCCCCAGGAGUCCUGCCGUGUGGUGGGGGGCGACUUUGGCUGCCAUCCCAACCCUCAUGGCACCUGCUCUGCCUCUGGAGACCCCCAUUACCUCACAUUUGAUCGCAAGGCCUUUGACUUCCAGGGAACCUGCCGAUAUGUUCUAGCAACCCUCUGUAAUGACACUGAUGGACUUCACCAUUUUUCAGUGGAGGCUAAGAAUGAGCCGUGGAAUGGGUUGCCAGUUUCAAUCACAGCUGAGGUUUUUGUGAAUGUGUGGGGCUACCGACUGCAUAUUUUCAGGGAGAGAAGGGGUGUGGUUCAAGUCAAUGGAAUAAACAGAAAUUUACCUGUUCUCUUAAAUGGAAGUCAGGUGUCUAUCUAUGCAAGUGGAUCUCGUGUAUUUGUCAGUGCUGAUUUUGGCCUGAGUGUCACUUACGAUGGAUCUAGUACAGUGUUCAUCUCUGUACCUGCCAGUUACAGAGGAAACACAUGUGGACUUUGUGGAAACUUCAAUGGAAAUCAAAGUGAUGACUUCCGCACCCCAUCUGGAGCAAUAGUCCCCACUCCAGGUCAGUUUGGAACAUCUUGGAAGGUGGCAGGAAACUACACCUGCAGCGAUGGCUGUGGUUCCUCCUGCCCUCAGUGUGCCGAUGAGCGCCCUGCUCGAGCUCAGUGUGAAGUGAUUCAAGCAGCCGACGGCCCCUUCAGCUUCUGCCACGAGGAAGUGGACCCGGCGCCAUAUUUCAACGACUGUGUGUUUGACGUUUGUGUGUCGGGAAAUGCGGGUGAAGAUCUUCUGUGCAAGGCCAUUCAAGCUUAUGUCAGUGCCUGUCAGUCUGCUAAUGUUCAAAUCUACCCUUGGAGAGAGAACACCACCUGCAGACUGAACUGUCCAGCCAACAGCCAUUAUGAGCUGUGUGGUACCGACUGUGGCCACACCUGUGCCAGCAGCGUUGAUGCCACCUGUGAACAUUUUUGCUCUGAGGGAUGUUUCUGUGAUGAGGGGUUCGUCAGGAGUGGGACGGGGUGUGUCCCUUUGGAAAACUGUGGCUGCCAAUAUGACGGCUUCUACUAUGAUGCGGGUGAGUCCUUCUGGACCGACGGCUGCUCAGAGCGAUGUGAAUGUCAUGCUCCAAACGACCUGCGCUGCUCUGCUGCAUCUUGCACGCCUGAACAAGAGUGCACCAUCAGAAAUGGCCAGCUGGGCUGUUUCGAUGCAAUGUCCACUUGCACCGUGUGGGGGGAUCCACAUUACAACACCUUUGAUGGGGCACUGGCUCAUUUCCAGGGCACUUGCUCUUACACCAUCACUGAGAGUGUGAGCCACGGCACCAAUGAAACCCAGUUUCAGGUAGUAGCCACCAAUAAACACCGUGGCAACAACCGUGUGUCAUUUGUAUCAACAGUGGAUAUAUUCCUCUCAAAUCAACCAGAGAGAGUGUAUAUCAGGAUUGGACCCAACAAAAGAGUACAGGUAAAUGGAAGUGUGGUUUCUCUUCCAACCACCGGAGGAGCUUUAGCUCACAUUGAGAGGCAGGGUAGCUACAUAGUGGUCAAUGCCAAUGACCUGGUGGUCCAGUUUGACGGCACCAGUACCUUACUGGUCAGAAUCGGCCAGAAUCAUCAAAACAGAGUCACUGGGAUGUGUGGAAAUUUCAACAGUGAUCCUGCAGAUGAUAAAGUCUUGCCCAAUGGCACACUGGCACAAAAUGACAAUGAGUUUGGACACAGCUGGAAGGCACCUACAAGCCAUUCAGGAUGUGGAUCCACCGAUGAUGAAAACGAUGAUGGAUUGAAUGACUGUGCUUUCAUGGAAGAAUACUCUGAGCUGUGCAGCAUCAUCACCAACACCAGCGGCCCGUUCAGAGCCUGUCACCAUCACACUGACCCCCAACCGUUCUUCACUUCCUGUGUCUAUGAUCUCUGCCUCUACACUCCAGCCAAUGGCAUGCUGUGCUCUGCCAUCUCAGCCUAUGAGAGUACUUGCUCAGUGCUGGGGUUGAACAUCCCAGAGUGGCGCCCGGCUUUGCAAUGCGCUGAGUCCGACCCCUGUGAACAGCAGGACUGCUCCGAGCACGAGUGGUGCGGUGAGAAGGACGGAGUUUAUGGCUGCUUGUGUGACGAACACCACCAUCGGCCCAACAACGAGAGCUAUGACUCGUCCAUCACUUGCGUCAGUAGUUCAGCCAACAUGUCGCUGUCCCGCUGCCAGCUGUUUGAGGCUGGCUUCCAUCCUGGUUGCCUCCACCUGCGGGACGACUCCUGCAAUGGUUCUCUCCAGGACGGACGACUGCUGUUCCACUUCAAUAAUGACGACCAGCUGUGUGGGACACUUCUCAGGAGCAAUGGGACACAUUUCAUCUAUGAGAACACCGUUGAAGGCGACGUCGACCCUCAUGAGGGCCUCAUUAGCCGUGAGAAGAGCAUUCAGCUGCACUUCUCCUGUGAAUAUCCUCUGGCCCAGGCCCUGUCGAUGGAUGUUGGCAUCAACCCUAUGGAGAGCAUUUUGAACAAGAGGCUUCCAUCUGGCCAAGGUCUCUAUCACCUGAAGAUGAUCCCCUAUGAGGACGCUGGCUUCCGCUUCCCGCUGAUGAGAAGCCGAAAUCUAGAAAUGGAAAUCGAUCAGAGGUUGUACAUCGAGGUGCAGACAAAGGGAGUUGAUGAUCGGCAGAUCUCCACCAUUCUGGACUCAUGCUGGGCGACGCCUUUCAACGAUGCCAAAUACCCUGUCCGCUGGAAUCUCAUUAGUGAAGAGUGUCCUAAUGAAGAGGAUGGUACAGUGGAGCUGGUUCAGAACGGCAUCUCCACUGUCGCCCGUUUCUCCUUCAGGAUGUUCACCUUCACCAACUUUACAUCCAUCUACCUGCACUGCAAAGUCCAUCUCUGUCUCCUGGCACACAGCAACUGCACAGCUCAUUGCUACCCUGGCUUUCACAGAAGAGUGGCGAGGGAUGUCUCUCACCAUGACAGCGCAGCGAUCUCAAUAGGACCACUCUUCCAAAAACAAGGUAACUGUAUUCUUGUCGAUGAUGUAUCUGCACAGAUUUUAUCAGGGGGUGGAAUGAGACAGAGCAGUGCUGCAGGACAACUGACCUCCGUGGUGACUCUGCUUGUCUGUUUGCUGACUGCUAAAGUUCUGACUUAG